AUGUGGACGCGAGUAGACAUGACAGCGGUGGGAGAACUGGUGCUGGUGCUGGGCUUGCUGGUGAGUGCUCACUGUGAGGUGAGAGCACGAGACCCUGAGGUGGAGGAGGAGGAGGAGGAGCGGGGAGGAAGAGCAGCAGCUGGAGCGGGAGGAGCAGCGUUCUCCCCUCACCUGGAGAGUCUUCACCCCGGGGUGACAGGGACCCCCCCACAGGCAGACAGAGGGAACCACCCAGCCCGAACCGGGAACUGGUGUGCGUUCGUGCAGACGCGUGUGGUUACUGUUGCCGUGGCGUGUGGGACAGAGAAGUACACCAUCAAGUCGCAGAGUCCGUGUCCGAGCGGGACGGCCGACUGUCAGAUGGUCAUGUACAAGCUGUCCACCCGGCCGGUCUACAGGCAGAAGCAGCAGACCUACACCUCUCUGCUGUGGCACUGCUGUCUGGGACACGGUGGACACAACUGUGAGGAAACAGUCUCCGACACGCAGCUGGAUUCUGGACGCUUGGCUCUGAUUGGAGGAUCUGAAACAGCGAGAGCGGCGCUCCAAGCGGCAGCCGUCCAGCAGCAGCGAGUCGACGUGAACCGCGAACAGAACGACCACCAGACGUCUGUCGGCGAGCUGUACGACCCCGGCCGCCAGCACAACACCACACCACCCCCCCUGGACCCGGACCACGGCCACAGCCCCCAUCACACGUCGCACCACACCGCCAAGGCCUACGACCACGCCCACCGGCAGCAGGGACACCAUCAUCAUGAUAAACUGGACGCCACCGACCUCUCACACCCAGAAGCCCCCACCGCCCUCCCUGCUCCCGACAUGAUGGCCCUUGUGAUGUCCCAGCUGCAGCCGGUCCUGGAGGGCUUCAACCGCUCGCUGGAGCACCUGAGCCGGCAGGUAGGGGAGCUGGCCCGUGACGUGUCCCAGCUGAAGAGCCGGCAGCCGGGGCCGGAGCCCCAGACGGGGCCCUUGGAUGGCCCCGAGCUCGACGAGGCGGCGGAGGAGCGCUUGGACGCCAAACUAGACGAGCACAUGAGGGAGGUCCAGAGGCACAUGGAGAGCCAGAGAACGGACGUGGAGAACAGGCUGCACUCCCAGCAUGCAAUGCUGCACUACAACCUGACCAUCUUUAAGACGGACAUUGACAUGAAGCUGAAACGCCACCAGAAGAUGCUGCAGGUCAGCCUGCAGGCCAUGAACGCCACACUGGCUGAUCUGAAGCUGGACCAGGAUCAGAUCCCAGAGGUUCAGCUCCGUUCCCCCGGCCCGCUGCAGCCCGCUGGCGCCUCGGCGCUCUGGGAGGCCAUCGAACGCCUGGACAACAUGGUGGUCAACAACACGGUGAAGGUGGACGGCCUGAUGGAGGACGUGGAUGUGACCUCGGGGACCCUCCAGCGGCUGGGGUGGGACUUCAAGGAGCUGGUGAAGCAGAUCAACCAGACGGCCCGGGACAGUCGGGUCCUGUUCAUGGAGACGGGGCUGGAGGUGGAGGCGGCGAAGGAGGCGGUGCUGAGGCGGGUGAACGAGCUGGCGGGGAACCUCAGCCAGCAGGGCGAGCGGCUGCAGGAGAUGGACGUGGACGUGGACUACCUGUACACCGUCUUCUACGGGCAGAACUCGUCUGCAGACUGCGACUGUAAGGGGCUGAAGGCCGCCGUGGCUCACCUGGAGAGGGGUGUGGCCAACGUGACGGAGCUGGCCAAUGAGAAUCGACUAGCCCUGGACGACAAUAGUGAGGGAGGAGCGGGGCAGUGGGGCGGGGCCACUGACUGGGAGCCGGCGGUGGGGGCACUCCAACAAGGCCUCCAGGAGGUGAAGGAGUCUCUGGCCUCAGAGCAGACCAGGACCAGGACUCUGGAACACAGCCUGACCCAGCUGAGCGGCUCGUUGAAGGUCUGUCUGGCCGAAGUCUCCGGCCUGAAGGAGGCGGGCAGGAAGCUGGUGGAGGACAUGCGACACCUGUCCGCCUCCUUCACCUCUCUGCUGAAAGACGCCAUCCGACACAGCGACGUGCUGGAGCUGCUGCUGGGGGAGGAGGUGCUCGAGUUCCUGGAGUGGCCCGUCCAGGACCAGGAGGCCCACUCCAUCCCGGCCCUGAAGGAGCAGCUGGGGCAGCUGCUGGAGCAGCUGAGAAGACACGACCUGAGCAUCACCUCCCUGCUGGGCGACAGGCCAGGAGGCAGUGAGGAGGUACCGUCUGCCGACCAGCCCUCCUCCUCCCACCUCCUCCCUGACGACUGGCUCCCCGGCAGCAUGAGGAGGAGCAGCGAAGGAGUUCCGGCCAGGGAGCGCCAGCUCCUCCUCCACCCUGAGGGCAGGCGUCCGGAGCACAGAGGAGACGGCAGCGAUCUGUGGAACCUGGAGAAAACAGUGGAGCAGCUCGGGCUGAAGGUGCUCCGGCUGGAGGAGAAAUCCUCCAACACUUCUACGCCACCCGGUGGCGUGGUUACCAAACUGCAGACGGAGGUGAUGUGGCUGAAGAGAGGCUUGGAGGAGCACCUGAGGGUGUUCAAGAACGUCUUCAGUAACGCAGACGUGCUGGCGGGGGCCGACGCCACGUUGGAGCUCGAUAAACUGUGGCAGCUGGUGAGGAGCAGAGAUGGGAAGAAAGAGAAGAAGAGAGGAGGAGCGAAGGAGGGAUCAGGAAGAGGAGGAACCCAUCGGAGCAGGAGGGAUUCAUCAGGUGUUGCUCCUGUCCCAUCCAGCCUAUCAGAAGACUCUCUGCUGCUUGUGGCCGGAUCUCCUCUGAGCGUCUCAGAUGGCAUCGUCAUGUUCGAAGCGUCUCUGAACCGGGGUCGGUUUUACUCCGACACCGGCACCUUCACGGCUCCGGUGAACGGCAUCUACCUGUUUGUCCUCACCUUGGACCUGAGGCCGGGUCCCGCCCACGUGGUCCUGAGGAGGGGGUCGGGUGUGGCUCCGGUGUCUCUUCAACGACAGGAGGUGCCAGAGGCGGGGCCGGCCACUGGUGUGGGCCUUCUGCCGCUGAGCGAGGGGGAGGAGGUGAGGCUGGAACUGAAGGGAGGCACGUGGGUGGAGUCAGAGGACAAUGUGUUCACCGUGCUGCUGCUCCACCCGACCACCUGAGGGCGCUGUGGACCAAUCAGCUGACAGCUGGAGGAAAGUCGCUGAGGCCCAACACAUUCGAAAUGAGAAUUUAACGUUUCCUGAAUUCCAGUCGAUGGAGGCUUUACUCCAAACCGCCUUUCACAGUCAAAAAUGGAUAAAUUGUGGUGAUCAGAGGGAACCAAACCCUCAACCCUUAAACCAGCAGUCAGAACCACCAGAAUCUGUCGACUGCAGAUCAGAGUUUGAGCUCCACAAACGUCUCAGACUGAAUUUCAACUCUUCAGCGAGAAGAAGCCUGAAGGAAAUUUCAGAAACAAACCGAAACUCAUCUUCCAGCUCCGCUAACGUCACGCGAAUAAGUGUUGUCUUUGUUUCAGUGUCUCUAUGCUCAGUACGGGGCUGGAGGCAGGGUGUUGUAAGCUUAGCUUAGCAUAAAGACUAGAAGUAGGAGGAAACAGCUAGCCUGACUCUGCUCACAGUUAAAAAAAAAUACACUAACCGGCACAUUUAAAGCUAACAGGCGCUUCAUUUAAGCAACAGCAAUGUAAAAAAAAAACUCUGUUGGUGGUUUUAUGGAGAGCUACAUGUGCUGGAACUAUUUCUUAACAAACAACAACGUAUCCAUCCGCCCAGCAUGUUGCAGCAUGUGACUCCACCUAAAACCACAAAGUCAGGUUUUUCUGUUCCUGAACAGAUUAAACAAACCACACUUAAUGUGCAGGACUUUGUUACCUUUGAACAGAGCUAGGCUAACAGUUUCCCCCCUGCAUCUGGUCUUUAUGCUAAGCUAGGCUAGCCACAUCCCAGUUACCAUGACAAUAUUAUGACUGCUGCUCUGGGGAUUUGACCCGUAAUGCUUUGCUCUGCUUAAAGAACUCAUCGCUUUCAGCCAUCAUGAGUAUUUGAUUGAUCUGGUUGGCGUCACACUUAACUCUGAUUGGCAGAUGUUCCAGUGAUGUCACUUUAAAAAACUGCCCACAGAUCAGCUGCUGCCGACCAGGUUCUGUCUGAGCAGGCUGAAACGAUGAAUUAGAAAAAUGUGUCUUUGCAUCAGUGAACACCUGAGCUGGACUUCAUCAUGUGGUGUUUAAGGGAACUUUUACUUUACGUACAAAUAUUUUCUUUCUGUAAAGUCACGCGUGUCUGUAAUAUAAAUCCAUAAAAACAGACGUUUAUCUUCAUGACAAGGAGCAGCGCUGUGCUGUCAACAGUCAUACACGUGUUUCUAUAAAUGAGACGAGAUCUGAACUGUCUCCACUCUGUAACUUAAUAAAAAGGUUUUAUCUCCUGAAGUCAUGUGAUGUUUCAGCACUGUCAUCCCGCUUCACGCAUCAAGAAACGUCUUUACUUCCUCCUCUUAGCUUCAUGCUUCAUUAGAUGACGUUUAACUCCGGCUGAUAAACAGGAAGCAAACUGUUC